GUUCUUUAACAGCACUCGACAUCAUUAAGUGUUGAGUGUAAGUCGUAUUUUAUCUGAACUAACAGUUUAACAAAUGUUUGAUCUGAUUAAUAUUAACGGCAACACAAUAAAAUGGUAAAAUAGUACAGAUUUACAACAAGUGAAAAUUCUUUAAACAAAUUGAGAUUAUGUAAUAAGUAAUUAUGAUGGUGUAAACAGGAUAUAAACAUAUAUUCACCAAAACUGGUGAACUUUCAAGUACAUACAAAUAUAUCUUGAAUAUGAAAUAUAAUAUUAUAACAGUAUCCGCUUAGCGGUAUGGAGACUGAUGCAGAGAUUCUAGCGAGACUUAACCACGAAGAGGCGAAACAGUACGUGGGUGGGGUAGUGUUCGUGGCGCUGCUCAUGACGGCGGGGAUAUUCGGCAACCUGCACGUUCUCUACGUGUACGUGUUCCGCAUGAAGUCCUCCAACCACCGCGUGUUUAUCCUCACCCUGGCGAUCCUCGACUUCAUUACGUGCGUGGUGGGAAUGCCGUUCAUCCUCGUGGACCUCCGCAAUCCGCUCACAUUCACCCCGGUAGCCGCAUGCAAGAUCCUCCGCUUCGUCAACUACUUUAUCACCGGGUCUUCCGCCGGGCUGCUGAUCGUCAUCGCCGUUGAUAGAUACCGGAAGAUUUGUGUUCCUUUUGGCAAGCAGAUGUCCCGAAUGGUUGCCAAAGUCUCUUGCCUUGUGGUUAUCGGUGUCUCCAUACUGCUUUCCUGGCCCGCCCCCGUGUUGUAUGGGCAGGACAUCGUGAUGACGUCACACGCGAACAUCACGGGCACGCGCUGUUAUGAAGAGAACAAAUUUCGGGGAACAAAAUACAUGGCGUACUUUAACGUGCUUCUUAUACUCGUGUUUUUCGUGGCUUUCGUCAUUCUCGUGGUUCUGUACUCGCUGAUUUGGAGGGUCAUACGGAAACAUAGCUUGAAACGCGCAAAACUAGAAGAAGCGGAAGGCCAUAGCAAGACAGCAACGAAAUUGUCGAACGUAACGUCAUCAGUGGACACCUCCGCCGCUCAGUCGGUAGACAGUGACGACACACCAAAUGUACAGUGUGAGAAAAAUGUCAAGAACGAACAACCUAACACCAGCCAGUCUGCAUGGUCGCGGCGUGGAGACGCCGAGAAAACCAAGCAUGAUCACGCCAAACGGACGACAGUUAUGUUCGCUUUAAUCACAGCAGUCUUCGUAUUGAGCUACCUCCCACAUCUGUUGCUGAAGAUCGUCACUUUCCUGAAUCCAAACUUCGUGCCGAACAUGAGUUUCACUAGCCUCGUCUUGUACAACACUUUCAUCUGGUGUUUCUUUAUCAACAACAUGGCUAAUGCUUACAUUUACGGUUUUCUUGACCGGAGAUUCAGAGCGGAAAUAAGACUCCUUUACGGGCAGAUUUUGUUUUGCAGGCGGACAUAGACGUGUAUCGCUUUAGUAUGUUCUGGCAGAAAUGAAGAUUAAACAUACAAAAUAGUUUUCGUAAUAGUUUCGUAAAUUGCAAGUGUCAUAUUAAAUGCAAAAAUUACAACAUCUGCAUGGGCUAAUAACACAGAAAAAAGUAUUAUAAGAGAACUAAAUAUUUAAAUUGAAACAUUUAUCUUUAACGGGACUCGAGCCCGAUACUUAAGAAUUCAAAACAAGCUGCCGUAUUCACCAAUAUUUAGCCGACGAGGGAAUUUAAAUUUCAUACAUAACGUUAUGUGACUGUGUGACACACGAAUUUUCGAAAAAGAAGCUGUUUAAUUGUAUAUAUUUCGAUACAUAUCUAAUGCUCAUUACUGGUAUUACUCUUAAAUAGAUACAAAAUGUA